UGGCGGGGCCGGGCCCGGGCCCGUCAUAACGGCCUUGACGCCGCUGCUCGUCCCGGAGCAUUUCCCCAACGUCCCGCUCAUCGCCGUGACACGCAACCCUGUAUUCCCGCGCUUCAUCAAGAUCAUCGAGGUGAAAAAUAAGAAGCUGGUUGAACUGCUGAGGAGGAAAGUUCGUCUUGCCCAGCCUUAUGCUGGUGUUUUUCUUAAAAAGGAUGACAACAAUGAAUCUGAUGUGGUGGAGGAUCUGAAUGAAAUAUACCAAAUGGGAACUUUUGUCCAGAUUCAUGAAAUGCAGGAUCUUGGAGACAAGUUGCGUAUGAUAGUCAUGGGACACCGAAGGAUUCGUAUAAACAAGCAACUAGAGGUUGAGCCUGAGGAACCUGAGAACAAACAAAAAAUUAGAAGGAAACAGAAGCGAUCUAAAAAGGAGGCUGAAGAGGAGCCUGGAACGAAGGACCAAGAUGUGGAGUUGGUACUAGAUCCUGUAGCUGCUUCUUCGAAGGAAGUUCUCAUGGUAGAAGUAGAGAACGUGGUUCAUGAAGAUUUUCAGAUCACAGAAGAGGUUAAAGCACUUACUGCAGAAAUCGUUAAAACAAUCCGGGACAUCAUUGCCUUGAACCCCUUGUACAGAGAGUCUGUACUUCAGAUGAUGCAGGCUGGACAGCGUGUGGUAGAUAACCCUAUCUAUCUGAGUGACAUGGGUGCAGCCCUAACAGGGGCAGAGUCACACGAACUUCAAGACAUCUUGGAAGAAACCAGUAUUCCCAAACGGCUUUAUAAAGCUCUUUCCCUUCUGAAAAAGGAGUAUGAGCUGAGCAAACUUCAGCAGCGUCUUGGAAGAGAGGUUGAAGAGAAGAUCAAACAAACACAUCGCAAGUAUCUUCUUCAAGAGCAGUUGAAGAUAAUUAAGAAAGAACUAGGUCUGGAAAAAGAGGACAAGGAUGCUAUAGAAGAGAAGUUCCGUGAGCGACUAAAGGAUCUGGUAGUGCCAAAACAUGUAAUGGAUGUGAUUGAUGAAGAAUUGAACAAGUUGGGCUUGUUGGAUAAUCACUCCUCAGAAUUCAAUGUUACACGGAACUAUUUGGACUGGCUGACAUCCAUCCCAUGGGGUAAAUGUAGUGAGGAGAACCUGGAGCUGGCUAGAGCCCAAGAGGUUCUGGAGGAGGAUCACUAUGGAAUGGAUGACGUCAAGAAGCGAAUUCUGGAAUUUAUUGCAGUCAGCCAGCUGCGAGGAUCCACUCAGGGGAAGAUUUUGUGUUUUUAUGGUCCCCCUGGAGUUGGCAAAACCAGUAUUGCUCGCUCCAUUGCCAGAGCCCUAAACAGAGAGUACUUCCGCUUUAGUGUUGGAGGGAUGACUGAUGUAGCAGAAAUAAAAGGACACAGGAGGACAUAUGUCGGAGCAAUGCCAGGAAAAAUCAUCCAGUGUCUGAAGAAGACCAAGACAGAGAAUCCACUUAUACUGAUUGAUGAGGUAGAUAAAAUAGGAAGAGGCUAUCAAGGGGAUCCAUCCUCAGCCCUUCUAGAACUGUUGGAUCCAGAACAGAACUCUAACUUCUUGGAUCAUUAUCUUGAUGUUCCUGUGGAUUUGUCAAAGGUACUUUUUAUUUGUACUGCCAAUGUAACAGAAACCAUUCCAGAGCCACUGCGGGAUAGAAUGGAAGUGAUCAAUGUGUCAGGAUAUGUAGCAGAAGAGAAACUUGCAAUUGCAGAGAGAUACUUGGUCCCUCAAGCACGAGUUCUGUGUGGCUUGGAUGAAAACAAAGCUCAAAUCACAUCAGAUGUCCUCACUGUUCUCAUCAAGCAGUACUGCAGAGAGAGUGGGGUGAGGAAUCUGCAGAAACAAGUAGAAAAGGUAUUGAGGAAAUCUGCCUAUAAAAUCGUGAGUGGAGAAGCAGAGAUGGUCCAAGUAACACCUGAAAACCUGCAGGACUUUGUAGGAAAGCCCAUCUUCACUGUGGAUCGCAUGUAUGAAACCACUCCCCCAGGAGUGGUGAUGGGUCUGGCCUGGACAGCUAUGGGAGGUUCCACUCUGUUUAUUGAAACAUCUCUGAGGCGACCCAAAGACAAGGAAAACAAGGAUGGGUCACUUGAAGUAACAGGGCAACUGGGAGAUGUAAUGAAAGAGAGUGCCAAAAUUGCAUACACAUUUGCAAGAGCCUUUCUGAUGCAGAAGGACCCCAGCAAUGAUUUUCUUAUGUCUUGUCAUAUCCACUUGCAUGUGCCGGAGGGAGCAACCCCAAAGGAUGGACCAAGUGCAGGAUGUACCAUAGUAACAGCUCUGCUGUCCCUGGCCAUGAAUUGCCCAGUGAGGCAGAAUGUAGCCAUGACUGGAGAAGUGUCAUUGACUGGAAAAAUUCUUCCUGUUGGUGGAAUCAAGGAGAAGACUAUUGCAGCAAAGAGGGCAGGUGUUACCUGCAUCAUUCUGCCAUCAGAGAACAAAAAGGAUUAUUAUGACCUUGCUGGAUUCAUUACAGAAGGACUGGAAGUGCAUUUUGUGGAGCACUACACAGAGGUAUUUGAUACAGCAUUUUCACAGCAGGAUCUCACUGGAGGAUGACACGCUGUGCCCUGAUGGCUGGAAGGUGUUCUGUCCCUAAGCACUGGGCCCCCGCCUAGAGAUGGGUGACCAGGGGCAAUCCUGAAGUGGGACAUGAAGCUAUUGCUGCUGCGCAGCUGCCAAAAUGAAUUAUGGCUCUGCUAGAAUAAAGUAUUUUUCAGUCUUUAA